AUGGCAGUGAGCUUCCUGGCCAAUGAGGUGUCGGACCUGUGCAUCGGCAAGCCGGCUGUGAGGUCGCUCCCGCUCUCCGCCGCCGCCGGCGACCUUGCCGCCGCGCUCCGGAGGGUGGCCCGCUCUGGCGCCGCAGCCUGCGUCGCGGUGACCGGACCAGCGCGCGCCGUCGUCGGCCGGGUCGGCCUCGCGGACGUGCUCUGCUUCCUCUGCACCGACCCCGAGGCGCUCGCGCGCCCCGCCGCCGUGUUCUCCAAGCCGGUCUCCGCGCUCCUGCCUAAGGACGGCGCCGGAGAGGUCCGCCGCGUCGAUCCCCGCUCGAGUAUCUUGGAGGCGCUUGAUGCGAUUCUGAGCGGGGCGCAGGUGCUCGCCGUCCCACUCCGCGCUGGCGGGCGCAGGAAGCAGCUCGUUGGCGGCGGCGGCGUCGGAGGCGCCGCCGCCGGCGACUUCUGCUGGCUCACGCAGGAGGACCUCGUGCGCUACUUCCUCAACUCCAUCGGCCUCUUCUACCAUGUGGCCGCGCGCUCCGUGUCCUCCCUGGGGCUCGUGCGCACCGACUUCCUCUCGGUGCGCCCCGGCGAGGCGGCCCUGUCCGCCGUGCCCCUCAUCCGCCGCGCCGUCGCCACGGAGACGGCCGUCGCCGUGGUCACCGAAGACGGCCACCUCGUCGGCGAGAUCUCCCCCGCCCUUCUCGCGGCCUGCGACGAGACGGCGGCCGCAGCCAUCGCCACGCUCUCGGCGGCAGACCUCAUGGCCUACGUCGACUACUUCGGGUCGCCGCCGGAGCACAUCUUGCGCGCCAUGAGGGCCGGGCUGAAGGACAAGGGCCUGGACGCCAUGCUCGCGCUGAUUGAGGACGAGACGCUGUCGUCGUUCUCGUCCCUCUCCUCCGCGUCCUCCUCGUCCGACGAGGAGGCAGGCCGGGCGCAGCUGAGGCGCCCGUCGUCGGGGAGCUACGGCCGGCGGUCGGCCGAGGAGCCGGUGGUGUGCAGCCCCGCGAGCUCACUGGUGGCGGUCAUGGUUCAGGCCCUCGCACACCGGGUGAGCUACGUGUGGGUCCUCGACGAGGACAACGACUGCCGCCUUGCUGGCAUCGUCACGUUCGCGGACGUGCUGAGGGUGUUCCGGGAGCAGCUGCUGUGA